AUGACCAUCCUCCGUCUCGCGCACAUCUCCAUCGAGGGGCUUGUUCUCGACGGCCGAGUCAUCUCUUUGCGAAACGCGAUGAGCCAGCAGUGGUCUGAGCUCAUCUAUCAGGGUGCUUACUUUAGCCCUGAGAGGGCGUUUCUGCAACCGAGCCUCGACUACUCUCAGCAGAGGGUCAACGGCCAAGUCCGACUUCGCCUAUACAAAGGCAGCAUCUAUGUACUCGGCCGCUCAUCGGAUGAGAAGCUGUACUCCGAGGAGGAUGCUUCGAUGGAUUCUCUUACUACGUUCGAUCCUCUGGACACGACUGGGUUCAUUACUGUACAAGCUAUUCGCUUAAAGAAGUACGGUAUGCAGAUGGCGGAGGCCGGUGUCAAGUUCUAA